CCCCCUCCUCCCUCCCUCUCUCCUCCCCUGGUUGUGAGAGAGCACACCUGCUUGGUUGGUCUAGGAGAGCGAUCCCCCAGCCCACAAACACUCUGUCUUACAUCCUGCCGUUGGAUUUUAGUGGACCAGUUCAGCUCUCUCUGCUCUGCUGAAAGAACAGACUCUCUGACAGAGGUGCCAUGCGGUCGCUGUGUGUGUCCCUGCUCCUGGUGACGGUGUGCUGGGCUCUGCCCUUCCGCCAGUCCGGCUUCAUGGACUUCAUGAUGGAGGACGAGGCGGGCUCCGGGGACCCCGAUGCCCUUGCCCCUGAGGGCCCCGCUGGAGCCCCCCCUGGAAGCCCCCGCCUAGGCCUGCCUGAUGGCCCCCGGUGCCCCUUCAGAUGCCAGUGCAGCCGACGUGUCGUCCAAUGCUCCGACCUGGGGCUGACUGGUAUCCCAGACGACCUCCCUGCAGACACGUCUCUGCUGGAUCUGCAGAACAACAAGAUCACCGAGAUCAAGGAGAACGACUUCAAGAACCUAAGAGAGUUGCAUGCUCUGAUUCUGGUGAACAACCAGAUCAGCAGCAUCCACGCCAAGGCCCUGGCCCCACUGGGCAAGCUGCAGCGCCUCUACCUGUCCAAGAACCAGCUGAAGGAGCUGCCGGCCAACAUGCCCAGGAGCCUGCAGGAGCUGCGGAUCCACGAGAACAGCAUCAGCAAGAUCAAGAAGGCCUCCCUGCAGGGCAUGACUCAGAUCAUCGUCAUGGAGCUGGGCUCAAACCCUCUGAAGGCAGCAGGGAUUGAGGCCGGAGCGUUCGCUGACCUGAAGAAAGUCUCGUACAUCCGCAUUGCUGACACCGGCCUCACAGACAUCCCCAAAGGUUUGCCAAGCUCCCUCUCUGAGUUGCACUUGGAUGGCAACAAGAUCACCAAAGUUCAGGCUGACAACCUGAAGGGUCUGAAGAACCUGGCAAAGCUGGGUCUGAGCUACAACCAGAUCAGCGUGGUGGAGAACGGCUCCCUGGCCGCGGUGCCUCACCUGAGGGAGCUUCACCUGGACAACAACGCCCUCUCCUCCGUCCCCUCUGGCCUGCCCGACCACAAGUACAUCCAGGUGAUCUAUCUGCAUAGCAACAAGAUUUCUCAGGUGGGAACAGAAGAUUUCUGCCCCCCCGGCUACAACACCAAGAAGGCCAUGUACUCCGGUAUCAGCCUGUUCAGCAACCCUGUGUCCUACUGGGAGAUCCAGCCCAUCACCUUCCGCUGUGUGUUCGACCGCUCCGCCAUCCAGCUGGGCAACUACAGGAAGAAGUAGACGUAGGGUGUACCAGAGUGUGUGGGUGCAAGUGUGUGUGUGUGUGUGUGUGUGUGUGUGAAUGUGUUUGAUCCACAACCAACAGCAGCAUCGUCCAGCCCUACCAGCCUCCACCACCAUCCAGGUUCACUCCCCCAUCUGAACAGUGACUCACACCACAACUAAAUAUUUACCUUCUAAUACAGUUUAAACUCUAAUAAUAGUUUUUUUACCAUGAAGAGAGAGCUCAGGCUGAUGCCUGGGCACCACUCCAACACAUCGCCUCCCUGAACAUUAAACCACAAAGUCACCAAAUUGACAAAAUGCUGUUAAUGACUAAAUCAUCUUAAUACUUAACUCGUCAGUCUGGUACCUGUCAGUCUGCACCUUCAACAUUCCUGGAUUGUUGUUUAAUAAAGAAGUAGGAAAGACGGAAGAUGUCCACUGUCAACUCGUUAACCGUCUGUUGUGGCGCCUGGUGGGAAACAAGAUCACUGUAGGGUUGAGGAGCAGAAGCCAUCGUUUUCACAAUCCUGUUUAACCGAGAUGAUCUGACCUGUGGAGCAGGCAGCGAGGGUUGACUUGUCGUAAACACCGUUAACAACCGCUAUACUAGAAUGUUCUAGAUCGUAUGACAUGUAUAGUAGUAUUAGUGUUGAAAGUGUGCUGUUACAAUAACUUUGUACUCUGAAAGAAGUCUGAUUUUCUUUUCAUAUUGUAGUCAACUGAAGUAGAUUGGGAAAAAAACACAUUGUUUAUUCUUUCACAGGGCGCUGUCUACGGCUUGCUUCAGUUACUUUUUUUUCUUUCUGUUUUUCUUUCUCAAAAAUAUGACGGCAGUUUACAUUGAUCUGUAGACCCCCCCCCAGCACUUCCUGUGUUACACAAUGCUAGAUUAGAGCUAAAGUGAAAACGUCCCCUAAAGACAUAGAAUAAACAUUUUACUUGUCCAGAAAAAAAGAUGUCUGAUUUACGUAUAUGCAUGCUUCACUGCCCUCUUGACUAACAGCAGGUUGUGGUUUCUGAAACGUCCUUUGUACACGUUGCUGUUAUCUCCUCCCUAUUUUCCCUCCUUCUUUGUGUUCUUGUCUGAGGAGAACGGACGGAGCAGGAGGCACUGUGUUGUGUGAACGUAGUUCAUAAAGACGCUGUAUAUAAAAGCUGUAUAAAACAAAUCUUUCAUUGCUUAAAAGCACUCCCUGUAGUUCAGACUUAAUAUAUCAGCAAUAAAGGUGUUGCUCUUCUCCUCGCGUGAGACGGGCUAAACCAAAUAAAUAUGCAAACUGA